UUGCAGUUUAGAGAAAGAAGCAGCUGGGACUGGAGCGAGACGUGGGGAGAAUCAGACCUGGGAGUUCUCAGAAGAAGCCACCCCCUCCGCUGUGGUGCAGCAGGCUGCCCAGGGGAUGUGGUCGUGAGGCAGAGCCCUCAUCGCCUGCAAGAAGCCAACUCCUGGGGCCAUGGCCCAGGUCAGCAUCAAUAGUGACUAUGGCGAGUGGGCCCUGAGUGCUGAUGCUGGGGAGCGAGCCCGACUGCUGCAGAGCCCUUCUGUGGACACAGCACCCAAGAAUGAGGGGGAUGCCUCUCCCGGGGGCCCGGGCUCAGGCACCACCUCCACGCUGGGAGCCAUCUUCAUUGUUGUCAACGCCUGCCUGGGCGCAGGACUGCUCAAUUUCCCAGCAGCCUUCAGCACAGCCGGGGGCGUGGCAGCAGGCGUCACCCUGCAGAUGGGCAUGCUGGUCUUCAUCAUCAGUGGCCUUGUCAUCCUGGCUUACUGCUCCCAGGCCAGCAAUGAGAGGACAUACCAGGAGGUGGUGUGGGCUGUGUGUGGCAAGCUGACAGGCGUGCUGUGCGAGGUAGCCAUUGCUGUAUACACCUUUGGCACUUGCAUCGCUUUCCUCAUCAUCAUCGGAGACCAGCAAGACAAGAUAAUAGCUGUGAUGGCAAAGAAGCCAGAUGCAGCUGCUGACGGCCCCUGGUACAUGGACCGCAAGUUCACCAUCAGCCUCACAGCCUUCCUCUUCAUCCUACCCCUCUCCAUCCCCCGUGAGAUUGGCUUCCAGAAAUAUGCCAGCUUUCUGAGCGUCGUGGGCACCUGGUAUGUCACCGCCAUCAUUAUCAUCAAAUACAUCUGGCCAGAUAAAGAGAUGACUCCUAGGGACAUCCUAACCAGGCCGGCUUCCUGGAUGGCUGUAUUCAAUGCCAUGCCUACCAUCUGCUUUGGAUUUCAGUGCCACGUGAGCAGUGUGCCCGUCUUCAACAGCAUGCGGAGGCCCAAGGUGAAAACCUGGGGCUGGGUGGUGACAGCCGCCAUGGUCAUUGCCCUCGCUGUCUACAUGGGCACAGGCAUCUGCGGCUUCCUGACCUUCGGGGCUGCCGUGGACCCGGACGUGCUCCUGUCCUACCCGUCGGAGGACAUGGCGGUGGCCGUGGCCCGAGCCUUCAUCAUCCUGAGCGUGCUCACCUCCUACCCCAUCCUGCACUUUUGUGGGCGGGCGGUGGUGGAAGGCCUGUGGCUGCGCUACCAGGGGACGCCAGUGGAGGAGGACGUGGGGCGGGAACGGCGGCGGCGGGUGCUACAGACGCUGCUCUGGUUCCUGCUCACGCUGCUGCUGGCGCUCUUCAUCCCGGACAUCGGCAAGGUCAUCUCCGUGGUCGGAGGCCUGGCCGCCUGCUUCAUCUUCAUCUUCCCAGGGCUCUGCCUCAUCCAAGCCAAGCUGUCAGAGAUGGAAGAAGUCAAACCAGCCAGCUGGUGGGCGCUGGUCAGUUAUGGAGUCCUCUUGGUCACCAUGGGAGCCUUCAUCUUCGGCCAGACCACAGCCAACGCCAUCUUUGUGGAUCUCUUGGCAUGAUCGCUGCCUCCCAGGAGACCCGGGGCCUCUGCUGCUGGACCCAGGAAGCUGUCUCCAAGAACCAUGGGACUACCCCAAGGAUGACAUCCUGCCAUCGGGCUGGACUGACAUCUGU